AUGAACCUUACUCUAGAGUGCAAAUUAUCACUUUUUGUUGGGUUAAGUUCCUCUCCUGGUCUUCUUCUUUGGCUUUGUGAGGGUCAGUGGGUUGGUCUUUGCCUUUCCUGUAGUCAUUGUUGGUUUAUGAUUUUGGAAUAUUUCAGUAAAUUUUAGGAUAAUAUUCCUUCACAAGAAAGUUUUUUUGAUGAAUAUAACCAAGCACCAGAUAAAUUUAUUGAGAAGUUGCUUCUUUGUGUGGCUGAAUGCAUCAAGAAAAGUACUUGAGAUAACAAGCUGUAUCUUGACAUUUCAAUGAUGCAGAGCUCUUUAGAAAUCCUUCUUAACACGAGCCAUGGUUCAUUAAUUCUCAGAGAUAAAGUCCUAUUGCUAAGUUUCAAGUAACUGAGUAAACUCUCAUUUUGGGAGUUAACUUAAUUCAAACUUGACUUGAAACAAAGGAUCUCUAUAAUAAUGUCAAAGGAGAUUGCUGUGUGAGUCUAGUAAAGAGAAGCAGUACGUAAGGAGAGACUCUUGACUCAAACAAGCUGUCUCUUACCUUCAUAAAUAAUAUUGUUGAC